AUCUUGGCCCUUCUGCUUCAAGAUGAGGAAUACCAAAUCACAUGUUCCCAACCUAACUUACCUUCCCAAGCUUCAACAGUGUCAUGUGAAUAUGCUCUGAGGGUUCAGAUGCAGGAAGCUUGCUCAUUUCUAAGCUCAAGUCUCUGCUGCUAUUCACAGAGAGCUCUUGAACUAACUAUGCUGAUUAUUCAUGCUCUGAUGUAGACACAAUGAGAAUGUGAGUGUGUGCGUAAUGUAUAUAUUUUUCUUGUAACAGCACUUAAUGCUGUAUUAACCAAAGCGUAUUUAUUUGGUUUUGUAUCUAGGAAAGCCAUGGGUCAGAUACGUCAAAGGAGAGAGGUUUAUAUCUGACAAUGACAAGGUUUCAAAGAAAAAUUUCUCUCUCCCUUUCCUUGCUUCCUUUUGUCAUGAAGUGGAAAUUUUAAAAAGGAAAAACUUAAAAUAAUUCUAAGAUGCCUAAGCGGAUCUUUCUUAGCAAGGCUGUAGCAGACAAAGGAGCCGAAGAUGAAAACCUGGACUGAGUGACUCGAGCCAUAGUGAGCUCCAUGAAAAGAUGGAUUUCACAGAAGCCUACUCCGAUAGAUGCUCUACUGUUGGACUUGCAGCUAGAGAAGGAAACAUCAAAAUUUUGAGGAAACUAAUUAGACAAGGAUACAGUGUUGAUGUUCCUGAUAACAGGGGGUGGAUGCCAAUCCAUGAAGCAGCAGCCCACAACUCAAGUGAAUGUCUGAAGCUAUUAAUUCAUUCAGCUCCAUCUGAUGACUAUGUAAAAUCAAAGACAUUUGAGGGUACUUGUGCGUUACAUCUUUCUGCAAAUCGUGGGUGUUUGGAAAGCAUCAGUAUUCUCUUGGAAGCAGGAGCUGAUCCUAAUGAAGUUACUUAUGAAGCAACUACUCCGCUGUUUCUAGCUGUUGAAAAUGGACAUUCUGAGGCAGUAAAGCUGCUUCUCCGAUAUGGAGCAAAUAUUAAUGGACCCCAUUCUUGGUCUGGGUGGAAUUCUUUGCACCAAGCUUCUUUUCAGGGAUAUACUGAAAUAAUUAAAUUGCUCCUUGAGAAAGGAGCAAACAAAGAAUGUGAGGAUGACUUUGGAAUCACACCCUUGUUCAUUGCGGCUCAGUAUGGGAAGCUGGAGAGUUUAAGGGUGCUUAUAUCACAUGGUGCAAACGUCAAUUGUCAAGCCAAGGACAAAGCCACUCCAUUAUUCAUUGCUGCACAGGAAGGCCAUACUGAGUGUGUGGAACUACUAUUAUCAAAAGGGGCUGAUCCAAAUCUCUACUGCAAUGAGGAGGAAUGGCAAUUGCCUAUUCAUGCAGCAGCCCAAAUGGGCCAUAGCAACAUAUUGGGAUUGCUGAUACCAGUUACUGGUCGGAUCUGUGACAUGGGAAAAGACAAAGUGAGCCCUGUCUAUUCAGCAGUUUAUGGUGGUAAUGACAAGUGCUUGGAAAUGUUACUUAAAGAAGGCUACAGCCCAGAUGCUCAGACGUGCUUGAUCUUUGAUUGCAGAUCACCCAUGUGUAUGGUUUUCCAAAAGGAGUUUUUUGGUUUAAUUCCUAUUCUUCUGAAACACAGGAUCCAUUUACUUGGGAUUAAUUUAGGAUAUUGCCUGCACCAUGAAAAAUUUUCUUUGUUUCGGCAUUUCUUGAAGCUGGACUGCCUGCUGCCUUCUGAGGAACACUUACCAGAGUUUAUAAAUUAUGCCAUUAAAGCACAAGAACAGUAUAAGGAGUGGCUACCAUACCUACUGUUGUCUGGAUUCAGUCCAUUGAAUUUAUUGUGCAGAUUGUGGAUUUAUUCUCUGAAUAACAAUGCCCUUAAUUUCACUCUGGAGUUCACUAACUGGAAGAGGCUUCCUUCAGCUGUAGAACAAAACCUCUCUGACUACAAAGAAAACUCCACCUGGGUUCCACACAGUCAUUUUGCCUUUAUCCCUUCCCUGUCCCACCUUUGUCGUCUUGAGAUCCGGUCCCUUUUACAAAGCAAACACCUGCGAUCCGACAAGUUUAUCCGUAUGUUGCCAUUGCCCACUUGUCUCCAGGACUAUCUGCUCUGUUUCGACAUACUGAGAAUGAAUGCCAUUCCAGAAGCAGUGGAUGCACAGGGUGAAAUGGCUGAAGGAAUGCUUUAUUCAACUCAUUCCAGUGCAGAAGAUGCAGAAAGAAAACAAGGAAACAAUUGUGCUAGAUGUUCACAUUGUUCAUGACUGGCCUCUUGGACUGUACAUUUCACAAGUGUUAGCAGAUUCCGUAGGAAAACUAAUGUUUGAUGUGUAGGUGGUACUGUAGUAGUGGGCUUUUCCCUAUUGCAGCAUUGUACUCUGCAACUAAAGGUAUGUUGCUGGUUAUAUCUUGUACCCAUUUAAAGCUUUUAAAAAGCUCAUUAUGCUCUUUUUUUUUUUUUUUUUUUUU